GCUUCCUUGAGGUUUCAGUAGCCUGAGACCAGUCCCCCAUCAUUGCCAGUAUGAAUGUUCAGGAUAACUCGGGGCCAGAGGACAGGCAAGUACAUCAGGUCGCUGACGACGACGAUGGAUUCGACCUUGACGAUCUGUUGCCAAUCGUCGGGGAGUUUGGUCGCUACCAACGGCUACUUCUAUGGUUCGUUUGCCUACCAGCAUGUUUGCCGUGCGGAUUUUGCGCUUUCAAUCAACUCUUCAUGUCUGAAACUCCUCUGCACUGGUGUAAAGUACCUGGACUAGAGGGACUCGAUCCUCUUCAGAGACGGCAUCUUGCCAUCCCUAAUCAGGGGGACAAUGAAACGUACAGCCGUUGCACCCGUUACAACGUCGAAUGGGAAACUCCGGCGGUGCUAAUGGCUGAGUAUCUUACACCCAACGCUUCCUGGUCUGAAAUCCCGUGCGAUCAUGGCUGGGAGUACGAUGAGUCGGAGGUGACUUCUUCCAUCGUUAUCGACUUCAAUCUCGUCUGUAAUUAUUCCAUCUACCCAACAUUUGGACUGGUUGCUCUUAACACAGGGGGACCGAUCGGCGUUUACCUCUUCGGCAUGUUGAAUGAUAGAAUCGGACGCCGACUAUCGUUCUUCACAUGUUUGGCAACGCUGAUCACGGGUGGAUUCCUAACAUCUGUGGCAAACACCUUCUGGACUUGGGCUGGAACCCGAUUCAUUGUGGGCCUGACGAUUCCCGCAAUUUAUCAAAUACCGUUCAUUAUUUCUCUGGAGCUAGUGGGACCAAAUUACCGUUCCUUCGUCACUGUUAUGACGUGCACAUUCUACACUAUUGGACUGUGUACGCUGGCGGGUGUUACAUAUCUGGUUCGAGACUGGCGACUCCUCGCCCUGACGACCAGUGCCCCGUUCCUACUGUAUUUCCUGUAUUGGUGGUUUCUUCCAGAAUCUCCGCGCUGGCUGCUGGCGAAGGGUCGUCUGGAGGAAGCGAAGGAAAUUCUGGAAACACUCGCAAGGGUGAAUGGCAAAGAGCUCCCCGAUUCGUUCACCCAGAAGCUCCGCCAGCGGAUGACCAUGUCACGAUCUAAGAGCGAGGAGGAACGACUACGCAGCGGACCCGGCAUCCUCGCACUUUUCAAAACGCCAAACAUGCGUCUUAAAACCUGCCUGAUAACACUGAACUGGUUUGCCAACAACAUGGUUUACGUUGGCCUCUCGUAUUAUGGACCAGCGCUCGGAAGUGAAGAGCAUUUGAGUUUCUUCUUUUCGUCGUUGGCAGAAAUACCAAGCUACAUGGCAUGCUGGGUGGUCAUGGAUCGUUGGGGUAGACGGUGGCCCCUAUGUCUCUGUAUGGUCGUAGCUGGUGCGUCGUGCAUAGCGACGGUCCUUCUACCCGAAGACGCCGUUACAGCGACUCUAAUUUUAUUCUUGCUGUCCAAGUCCGCGAUUUCAGCGUCCUUCCUCAUUAUCUACCCGUUCGCCGGUGAACUUUAUCCAACUCAACUGCGGGGAGCUGCUAUUGGAUUUUCCGCUUAUGUCAGUGGAUUAGGAUUGAUCAUCAUACCGUUCAUCACAUACUUGGGUACAGAGAACCUCGUCCUCCCCCUAAUCAUUCUUGGAAUGGUGUCGAUGAUCGGCGGGCUCUCAGGGCUCCGUUUACCGGAGACUUUACAUUAUCGUUUACCACAGACAGUGGAGGAGGGUGAGCUGUUUGGAAAAAAUUGGGCGUGGGCAGAUUGUAUACGAUGUAUACCGAAAAGGCCAUCGUCGACGACGACUUCGUAUGAGGAUCUUUCAUCCGGUGAGACGGUUGAAAUGCAGCAAGCGCCAGACCCGUUUCAUGCUACCGACAAAACUGCUUUCGAGGAGUCUCCACUCAAUGCUGGAAAGGAUUGCCGUGAUUCUCAUGCCAGUAUGCGACGACUUGUUCGCCAAUCAAGCGUGAUGGAUACACAGCGAGACUCUGAUGGUGCCAUAAAGUUGGCUUAUUGGUUUUAGAGUCAGACCUCUGGAAAUUCUUCGUUAAUGCCAUAAGCGAUCAUUCUCCGUCAAUCUGGUUUUCCAGCAAACGAACCAAAGCGUCACUGGUUUGGAACAUUGGGCCGUGUCCAGGGAUAAUGUAAUCAGCAUAUUUCAUUAUUCGCA